UUCAUUUGCUUAAUCCAUCACAUGCUUUUCUUUGCUUGAUUCAUGACAUUGCAAUGGUUGUUUCUGAUUAUCUGCUACUCUUAGCAGCAGCUAGCUUUGUACGACAGUCAACUUCACCGCUUCAAUUUCAGUUCUAUUCUCUCAACACUUUUCAGCCACUAAGUCAGGGACAUAGCAAUGGAGUACGUAGAGCCUGUUCUCGGCAUUGCAAAUUGUCUUGGAACUCCUGCUUGUAAAUACUUGCAAUAUCACAGAAAGCUCAAUGAUUAUGUGAGAAACUUCAAGAGAAUGAGAGAUGAGUUGAAUUGCAAAAUGGAAGAUAUAGAGCUGCAAUUGAAAGCAGAGCUUCUUCGUCCUCUAGGGAAGAUACCGAAGAAGGGAGUUGAAAAUUGGUUGAAAGCUGUGAAAGAGAUGAUUAGGGAAGCACAAGUUGUUGAAAAUAAAGUCGGUAACGGGAGAUAUCUCUGUCGUGCUUGCAACGGCAAGCUGGUUGAUGAAAAGACUCGAGAAAUGAAGGAAUUUCUUGAUAACGCUCCUAAUGCCUCUGAAGGUCUUGCCAUGGAUGGUCCAAGUGCUGGGUUGCCACUGCCAACAUCAGAACUAGUUGGAGAGGAAGCUGUCAGAAAAGAGAUUUGGGCAUGUUUGAUGCUGGAGGAGGUGAGCAAGAUUGGGGUUUGGGGGAUGGGCGGUGUGGGUAAAACCACUAUCAUGAAGCACAUCCACAAUGAUCUUUUAAAAGAACAAAGAUUCGAAAGGGUAAUAUGGGUUACCAUAUCAAAGGAGUUCAAUGUCAUGAAGGUACAAGAUGAUAUUGCAGCUGCUUUGAAGUUGAAGGAAGAUUGGCCCAGAGAAGGAGACAAGCUCAGACGAGCAGCAAUCUUGUCAGAAAUGCUGAAGAACGCAGGAAAGCAUGUUCUAAUCCUAGAUGAUGUGUGGGAUAAAGUCUCUCUAGAGGAAGUUGGGAUCCCCGAGCCGUGUGGCAGCAAUGGCUGCAAGUUGGUGUUGACAACCCGUUCGGAGCAUGUCUGUAAGUAUAUGGGUUGUAAGGUGAUAAAAGUGAAGCCCCUUUCAGAAGAAGAGGCAUUGAUACUAUUCUUGAAUAAAGCUGGACCUAACAUAGUUCAAAGUCCAACUAUAAUGCCUACUCUGAAGCUUGUUGUCAAGGAAUGUGCGGGUCUACCUCUUACAAUUGUCGUCGUAGCUGGUACAUUGAAAGGAGAAGAGGACCCUCUUAUUUGGAAAAACGCACUCAGGGAAUUGAAAGAGAGAAUAGAAAAAGAGGAAGAAGUGGAAGCUAAAGUGAUAGAGCGUUUGAAAUUUAGCUUCAAUCACUUAAAGGACGAGAAAGUGAAAUAUUGUUUCUUACAUUGCGCAUUAUAUCCUGAAGAUUAUGAAAUUGGAAAAGAUGAGCUAAUUGAGUGUUGGAUUGAGGAGGGAUUCAUAGAUGAUAUGGGUACGAGACAAGAAAUGAAAGAAAAGGGCCAUGUUGUUUUGAAGAAGUUAGCAGAGAAUUGCUUGCUGGAAAAUAUUACCGAUGGAUGUGGUCAACCUUGCAUAAAGAUGCAUGAUGCAGUAAGAGACAUGGCAUUGUCGAUCACAAGAAUGAAUCCUCGAUAUAUGAUACAAGCAGGUUUGCAAUUAGAAGAAUUACCAGAAAAGGAGCAAUGGAGUCGGGAUAUUGAGAAAGUGUCACUUAUGAAUAACUCCAUAUCAGAAAUUUCCAUAGAUGUGCUGCCCACAAAAUGUCAACUGCUCACAACCUUGUUAUUGCAAGAGAACCCUAUAAAGAAGAUCUCAAGUUCUUUCUUCAUAAACAUGCCUUAUCUUAGUGUUCUCAAUUUGUCCUCUACGAAGAUCAAAAGUUUACCAAAUUCCAUCUCUGAACUAAAGAACCUCACAACAUUGUUGCUUUGUGGUUGUUCUGAAUUAAGAGAUCUACCAUGUCUUUCCAUGCUUCAAGAAUUGAAGAAGUUGGAUCUUUCUGGGACAGAAAUUGAGGAAGUCCCUGAAGGAAUAGAUAUGCUGCUAAAGCUAAGAUAUCUUGAUCUUAGUGUGCGCACUCUGAAGGAGAUACCCGCUGGACUUUUGCCAAAACUCGUUCACCUUCAGCACUUGGGUUUUAAUAGACAAAUAAGUCUAAAAGCAGAGCAGAUGGAACCAUUGAAGAAGUUGGAGUGUUUUACCGGACGUUUCGAAGACAUCAAGGAAUUGAAUAAGUUCAUCUCGUCAAUGCAACAAAGUAAAAAAAAUCUCAUCAAGUACUCUUUACAAGUGGGCUCAUAUAGGGUGGGCCCAGCUUUUAUUCCUCGUAGAAGAGAUAAAACAGUAACAAUUGGAGGAGUCCAGAAUUGGGAAGGUGAGUUAAUUAUGCACCCAAUUAAAAUUAAAGAGUUGUAUAUUUUAAAGUGCGACUAUUUGAGAAACUUAGUCGAUGAUAAUUCUUCCUUCAAAAAUGCGAUUGACUUGAGGGUUUGUAGGAUUUAUGAUUGUGAAGGGAUAGAGUGUGUUGUUUCCUUGUCCUCUUUUGCCUCUUCUUCCGCUCAUCCAUUUCAGAGCCUCGAGGUGUUGGAUCUUCAAUUUCUGCCAAAGUUGAGUGCCCUUAUUAUGAAAGAUUCAGGAAUUGGUUCAGCAACAACAUCAACAGUGGCUCCGUCUGCCACCUUUUCCCAUCUUAAGCGAAUUGAAGUAUACAGGUGCUCAAGUAUGAAGACGUUGCUUCCACAUUGGUUGCUUCCAAACCUCCAAAACCUGGAAGAUAUUUCGGUGGGUGCUUGUAGUCAGCUAGUAGAAAUAUUGGUAGCAGCAACAUCAGAAGUUGAAGAAAAAGGGAAUGAUGCAUUAAUCAAAUUCCAUCUUCCCAAAUUGAGAGAAUUGAGACUAAAUAACUUACCAAAUUUGAAGAGCAUAUGCAGCAAAAGUGGAGUGAUGGUUUGUGAUUCUCUCCAACUUAUCCAAGUUGUUGAAUAUUGUGAUAAACUGAAGAGAAUUCCUCCAUUUGUUCCCCUUGUUGGCAAUGGGCAGCCAUUUGCAUAUGCUCCACCUUUUCUUACCAUCUGGUCAGACAUAGAAUGGUGGGAAUCGUUGGAGUGGGAUGACCAUCCAAACUUUAAAAAUGUUCUUCGCUUCAGCCCCUGAGGAGGAUAAGAGAGAAAGAUGAAAGGGUUGGUGGAGGGGGGAGGAUAGUGCAAAAGAGAGGAGAAAAGGAAUGAUGGAAGGAAGAGGUUAAGAAGCAAAGUGCAGAGAUAUAGCUUAAACGAGGAGGAGAAGUGAGCUGCCAAGUGAUCCAAAGCAAGACAUUUUAACUUGACUACGUUUGGUGUGUUUUUAAAUCAAUAAGGAAGGCAAUGUGGGACUAAUCUAGAGGGUUUUAGACUUUGAACUGUUAAUGAUUUAUUAAUGGACAAUAUGGGUUGUUUAAAAUGGUUUUUAGAACUUUUAAAAUUGGUUCGAAUGAAUGCUUUCAAUGGAAGAUUUGAGAAUGCAUGUUAUUGGUUGAA